AUGGCGCAACUUCCUCGACCUACGGCGACCGUUGACCCUUUGGCGGGAGUUCCAGACCCUGAAGGUCAUCCCAUCAUCCCAAGGCUUAUGUCCUGCGCACCAGCCCUCUUCUGCCCUAUCGGCGAAAACGACAUACUCAAGGACUCCCUCAGCUCUUCCUCAUUCACAAAACUUGAUCGCCUACAGAAAGAGCUCGAUACUCUGAAUACUCACGCAGUCAAAGACCGAGAUAACUUCCUCGCCCUUAUUGUUCGCGAACGUGAACGCAUCUUCCAGGAAGGGCGCCGCUUUGAAGCCCUUGAGGAGCUGCAGGGCGGCCAGGUCAAACCAGAUGUACCACUCGGUCUUACAUCCCAGGAACUCGGCCUCAUGGUCGCAAAUAUGGAAGCUCCAGCAAAGUCAGGUGUCCCAAAUACGGAGACUAUACCUAGACCAAAUCUUGACUCCUCCGGUGCUCGAUCAUUGCGCGAACGCCAAGCUUACGAGCAGAUGCGUUAUGUGUUAAAUUUCUCGCAGAUAGCCGGGAAUCGUGAGGCUGAAAUCAACCAUCGCCGCGAGCUCCUUGAGGCAGAAAUCAAGAAGGAGCAGUUAAGGCAAGACCAGGAGCGUCGAGUCAACUAG